AUGACAGGUUCAGAUGAUGUUUGUGUCGACUCCGCUAGAAGAAGAAUAUGUAAAUGCUACAAUCCUCUGAAAUCAACACAUUUUAUAGAAUGCUGCGGAGACAACAUUAUACGGUUAGAAUGGACUGGUGCGACAAUACUCUACGAGCAAAUUAAUGACACAUCAUGUACUCCAUCACAUAGAAAAUCAUCUUGUUUAGUCAAAGGGGAAAAUAAUUUUAGAUUAAAUUAUGAAGAUAAAUUAAAAAUCUAUAACAGUUGUAGUGGAAAGAAACGAUGUAAUGUAAGUGUAAAGCCAUCUACAAAUAUAAAGAUACAAAUUCCGGUGACUUGUGAAGCAGCCAGCGGGUCGAAAAUAAAUGUAAGUUGCCAUGGUUACCAGAAAGAUACAACAGAGACACUCAACACACUUAACUCAACAGAGAAUUCCAAGAUAGUGGACGAAGAUGAAGAUAAAAUCUUUGCCUUCGCCUUUUUAGGAGCUAUUUGUUUCGUUCUGAUUGCCAUCGUCUGUAUCAGAUCUGGAAAUGGAUGGACCGAAACCAAUACCAAAAAAGAGUUGUUAAACGCUGGAAGUAAUAAAGGUGACUCUGCUCAAAUUACCAAUCCCAAUCUCACCUACAAACAAGUUCCGGUGAUGGAUACGAAUGAAGUCAUAAUAUAG